AGGGUUUCUCUACCAAAAAAAAAAAAAGAAGAGAAGGGUUUCAAAACACAAUUUCGUAUUGGGGUUUCGCUUUCUCUUAAAAACUCUGAGUAUCCAUCGCCACCUCAUAACAACAAUGUCAGACCUCUCAUCACCACCGUCCGAUCAAUUAUCCACCGUAACCCUCUCCCUUGACGAGGUUCCCAAAGCCGAAUUCUCAGACCGCGUCCCUAUCCAAUCCAUCAUCCGCCGUGAAGACGGUGGAUCAGGUUUAGCAGGCAAGAAAGCAAGAAUCGGAGGAUGGGUGAAAACCGGAAGAAAAGCUGAUAAAGACGCUUUUGCUUUUUUGCAGCUGAACGACGGAACCUGCGCCGGUAACCUUCAAGUUAUCGUGGAAGCUUCGCUUGCUGAUCUUGGACAACUUGUUCUUACUGGAACUUGUGUUGUUGUUGAUGGAUAUCUCAAACUUCCUCCUUCUGGUGAGAAACAGAAUAAGAAGAUCGAGCUUCGCGCUGAUAAGGUUCUUCAUGUUGGUCCUGUUGAUCCUGCUAAAUAUCCUUUGCCUAAAUUAAGACUCACUCCUGAUAAGAAUCUUGAGUUCUUGCGUAACUUCGUUCACCUUCGUUCCAGAACCAACACGAUAUCUGCUGUUGCUCGGAUUGGGAAUGCUCUUGCUUAUGCUACACAUACAUUUUUCAACAAGCAUGGGUUUCUUUAUGUGCGCACGCCAAUUGUCACGACAAGUGAUUGUGAGGGUGCUGGUGAAAUGUUUCAAGUGACAACUCUGUUCAGUGAAGCAGAGAGGUUGGAGAAGGAACUGAUACAGAAUCCUCCUCCUACUGAAUCUGAUGUUGAAGCUGCUAAGCUUGUUGUUCAGGAGAAGGGGGAGGUUGUUUCACAAUUAAAAACUGCAGAAGCAGAAAGGUUGGAGAAGGAACAGAUACAGAAUCCUCCUCCUACUGAAUCUGAUGUUGAAGCUGCUAAGCUUGUUGCUCAGGAGAAGGAGAAGGAGAUUACUGCUGCUGUGGAUGAACUUAAAAAAGCUAAACGGAAUGUAUCCAAGCUGGAAGAAAGAUCUAAACUUCAGCCCAGUAUUCCUCGAAAGGAUGGAAAGAUAGAUUAUGCUAAAGAUUUCUUUGCCCGUCAAGCAUUUUUGACUGUUUCUGGUCAGCUUCAAGUUGAGUCUUAUGCGUGUGCUCUUAGUAGUGUGUAUACAUUUGGCCCAACAUUUCGUGCAGAGAAUUCUCACACUUCCAGGCAUUUGGCUGAAUUUUGGAUGGUAGAACCUGAAAUUGCGUUUGCAGACUUGGAGGAUGAUAUGAAGUGCGCCGAGGCAUAUGUGAAAUUUUUGUGUCAGUGGUUACUCGACAACUGCCUUGAGGAUAUGGAAUUUAUGGCUGACAAAGGUUGCAUUGAUCGUUUGAAAAUGGUUGCCUCCACCCCCUUCAUUCGACUUACAUAUACAGAAGCUGUGGAAAUACUGGAAGAAGCUGUGAAGAAUGGUACGGAAUUUGAGAAUGAAGUAAAAUGGGGAAUUGAUUUAGCUUCUGAGCAUGAAAGAUACCUAACAGAGGUGAAGUAUCAGAAGAAGCCUGUCAUAGUCUAUAAUUAUCCAAAAGGUGAAGAUAUCAAAGGCAAAGCAUUCUACAUGCGCCUCAAUGAUGACUUAAAGACAGUGGCUGCUAUGGAUGUUCUUGUCCCAAAUGUGGGAGAGUUAAUUGGUGGAGGCCAAAGGGAGGAGCGUUAUGAUGUCAUUCAACAAAGACUAAAGGAGAUGGAUUUGCCUGUUGAGCCAUAUGAAUGGUACAUUGACCUUAGGCGGUAUGGAACGGUGAAACAUGCUGGAUUCGGUCUUGGCUUUGAAAGGAUGAUUCUUUUUGCCACUGGCCUGAAAAAUAUUAGAGAUGUGAUUCCCUUCCCACGAUAUCCUGGCAGAGCAGAUUUAUGAUAACUAUAACUGAUUACUAAAAUAGCUACUAUAAUUCCCUUGCUGAAGUAGAGUUGAAAACAGAGAAAUUGUUUCCAUGUAGAGCAUAAAUUUCAGUCUUAUCUCCUGGGUUACACUCUUCUACCAACUAAUUUACUUUUGAGAGAA